AUGAGCUCCCUCAAGUUUGUGGUGUCCUCCUUGGACGCCAUUGCCACCUCCAAGGAUGCCCAGCGGAACAAGCAGCUCGCCGACUCGGCCAAGAAGGCCCUCGACGCCAUCAAGGAGCAGGACCAGCUCCCGGACCCCGACAUCGUCUUUGCACCGCUGCAGCUGGCCACCAAGUCCAACAACCCCCAACUGACAAACGCCGCACUCGACUGCAUCGGCAAGCUCAUCUCUUACUCCUACUUCUCUAUCCCGACCCAAGACGAAGACGCCAAAGACGGCGCAGAACCCGCCCCGCCGUUGAUCGAGCGCGCCAUCGACACAAUAUGCGACUGCUUUCAGGGCGAGACUACGGCCGUCGAGAUUCAGCUGCAGAUUGUCAAGUCCCUCUUGGCCGCUGUCCUCAAUGACAAAAUCGUCGUCCAUGGCGCUGGCCUUCUCAAGGCUGUCCGCCAGGUCUACAAUGUCUUCCUCCUCUCGCGGAGCACCGCGAACCAGCAAGUUGCACAAGGCACGCUGACGCAGAUGGUCGGGACAGUCUUUGAGCGUGUCAAGACAAGGCUACACAUGAAGGAGGCCAGAUUAAAUCUCGGCAGCCUCAAGCAUAGCUCAAGCAACAUCACGUUCGACCCGGCUGAAGCUGCCAACGGAGCCGCCGACGACGAUGGGUCGGUAGCGCCAUCGGGCGAUUCUGGCUCUGGCGAGGCCAACGGGAACGGCGCGAAACUUACCUUGAAGGACCUCGAGCAUCGGAAGAGCUUCGACGAUUCCAAUUUGGGCGACGGGCCCACCAUGGUAACCCGACUGGCGCCGGCCAAGAAGGACGAGACGGAGACGUCAGUUUCCGGGCAGUCAGUUACCGACUACUCGACCCACGACGACGGCGAUGCACUGGAUGCGGAAGACGAAGUUUACAUCCGAGACGCAUAUCUCGUAUUCCGAUCCUUUUGCAAUCUAUCGACAAAGGUUCUCGCCCCGGACCAGCUUUACGACUUGCGUGGGCAGCCUAUGCGCUCCAAGCUCAUCUCUCUCCAUCUCAUCCACACCGUCCUCAACAACAACAUUACCGUUUUCACGUCGCCAUUAUGCACGAUCAAGAGCUCCAAGAGCAACGAACCCACUUCUUUCCUCCAGGCUGUCAAAUUCUACCUCUGUCUCAGCAUUACCCGUAAUGGUGCCAGCGCCGUGGACCGCAUUUUCGAUAAAGAGAUUGAGGUCAUUCUCAACGAGAUUUACUUGGCCCUUUUGUCUCGGCGGAAUGCGCCACUAACACAAAAGCUCUACUUUGUCACUAUCCUCAACCGCCUGUGCGCCGAUCCUCGAGCUCUGGUGGAAAUCUACCUCAACUAUGACUGCGAUCAAACAGUGGACAACAUCUUUCAGACCAUUGUCGAAGAUCUCUCCAAAUUCUCCACUACUCCUGUCGCAAUCACAUCUAUCAACGAGCAGGUGUACGAGGAGUUGCGUGCAAAGUCCGCCCCUGCAAGCGAGUGGCAGCUCAAGGGCAUCUUGCCUCCGCCGUUGACUGUUGUGCAUAUCGUGCCACAGCAGGAGGCCGAACCUGAUUUUCCCAAGGAGUACGCGAUAAAGCGACUGUCCCUCGAAGCCUUGGUAGAAUCUCUGAGGUCUCUGGUGAAUUGGUCAGCGUCAGUGCGAGCAGAUGGCGCCGAAACGGUGAAGGCAGACGGCGACACGAAGGCAUCGUUGGAUGAGCUGCGGCCAUCGAUCGACCCAACGGCAAGCGACAGCGCCUCACGGCUGGAGACGCCUUUGCCACCAUCGACGCCUGUAGUGGACGAUGACCCUGAUCAGCUGGAGAAGGAAAAGGCGCGGAAAACGGCAUUGAUGAAUGCUAUCAGGCAGUUCAACUUCAAGCCCAAGAGGGGAAUCAAGCUUCUGCUGCGUGAUGGCUUCAUCGCAAGUGAAGAGCCAGCAGAGAUUGCCAGCUUUCUGCUGAAGGAGGACAAACUCGACAAGGCCCAGAUUGGAGAGUUCCUAGGCGAGGGCGACCAGCAGAAUAUUGACAUCAUGCACGCCUUUGUCGACUCCAUGGACUUCACCAAGAAACGAUUCGUCGACGCCCUACGCCAGUUCCUCCAGUCAUUCCGACUUCCUGGAGAGGCACAGAAGAUUGAUCGCUUCAUGCUGAAGUUUGCUGAGCGAUACGUGCUGGGGAAUCCCAACGCUUUCGCGAACGCCGACACUGCAUACGUGUUGGCAUACUCGGUCAUCAUGCUGAACACAGAUCAGCAUAGCAGCAAGAUCGCCAAGAGAAUGAGCAAGGAAGAAUUCAUCAAGAACAACCGGGGCAUCAACGAUAACGCCGAUCUGCCGGAUGAAUAUCUGAUCGGCAUCUAUGAGGAGAUCGCCAGCAAUGAGAUUGUUCUCACCAGCGAGCGCGAGGCGGCUGCCGCAGCCGGGACGCCGGCUUCGCAGCCCACUGGUCUCGCAGCUGGGCUUGGCCAAGCGCUUUCCAAUGUCGGACGUGACUUGCAGCGCGAGGCAUACGUGCAACAGUCGGAGGAAAUCUCAUUGCGGUCUGAGCAGCUUUUCAAGAACCUUUUCAAGAGCCAACGCCGCAACACCUCCAAGGCGGGACCCAAAUUCAUCCCGGCAACAUCUUCCAAACAUGUGGGCUCCAUGUUCGAUGUGACCUGGAUGUCCUACUUUUCAGCUCUCUCGAGUCAGAUGCAAAAGGCACAUAACCUCGAGGUCAACAAGCUGUGUCUUGAGGGUAUGAAGCUUGCGACGAAGAUCGCGUGUGUCUUUGAGCUGUCCACACCUAGAGAAGCGUUUAUCUCGGCCUUGAGAAACACAACACAUCUCAACAACCCUCAGGACAUGCUGGCCAAGAACAUCGAAGCUCUCAAAGUUCUGUUGGAACUUGGCCAGACCGAGGGCAAUCUCCUAGCCGAGUCUUGGAAGGACAUUCUCAUGUGUAUCAGUCAGCUUGACCGGCUUCAACUGAUCACGGGCGGCGUGGACGAAAGCGCCGUACCCGAUGUAUCGCAGGCCCGGUUCACUCGGACUGACACCUCCGACUCGAGGUCGUCGAACCAAUCCCGGCAAAGAACACGCCAGCGCUCAGGCACUGGUUCCCGUGGGUUCUCCAACGAGAUUGCGUUGGAGAGCCGCUCGGACGAGUUUAUUCGCAGCGUCGACCGAAUCUUUACAAAUACGGCCAACCUCUCUGGAGAGGCCAUGGUUCACUUUGCCAAGGCCCUCACCGAGGUCAGCUGGGACGAGAUCAAGGUCUCGGGCUCCAACGACUCUCCUCGGACCUACAGUCUCCAGAAGAUUGUAGAAAUCAGCUACUACAACAUGAACCGUGUCCGAUUCGAAUGGAGCAACAUCUGGGACGUCCUCGGCGAGCAUUUCAACCAAGUCGGAUGCCACAACAACAUGAACAUUGUGUUCUUCGCCCUGGACUCGCUACGACAAUUGUCCAUGCGCUUCAUGGAGAUUGAGGAACUGGCUGGUUUCAAAUUCCAAAAGGACUUUUUGAAACCCUUCGAACAUGUCCUGGCAAAUUCGCACAACAUUACGGUCAAGGACAUGGUUCUGCGCUGUCUUAUCCAGAUGAUACAAGCCCGGGGAGACAACAUCCGCUCGGGGUGGAGGACAAUGUUUGGCGUCUUCACCGUUGCCGCCCGAGAACCGCACGAGAGCAUCGUCAACCUCGCCUAUGAGAACGUCAACCAAGUGUACCGGACCAAAUUUGGGGUCGUCAUCACUCAAGGCGCCUUCACGGACCUUAUUGUUUGCUUGACGGAGUUUUCGAAGAACCUGAAGUUCCAGAAGAAGAGCCUGGCUGCGCUGGAGCUUCUGAAGUCCAUCGUUCCCACAAUGCUCAAGACACCCGAGUGCCCUCUGUCGCAAAUCCCGAGGAAGGGCGAGUCGGCCACCAAAGCAGCGGAUGGCGCCACCAAAUCCGUGCCAACGAAAACCUCCGUUGAGGAGGGUUACUGGUUCCCUGUGCUUUUUGCUUUCCAUGAUGUCCUCAUGACUGGGGAAGAUCUCGAGGUGCGCUCGAACGCACUGGAGUACUUCUUCGCAGCGCUUGUCAAGUAUGGCGGAGAUUUCACACCCGAGUUUUGGGACAUCCUGUGGCGACAGCAACUGUACCCGAUCUUCAUGGUGCUCCGGUCCCGACCCGAACUGACCAACGUCCUCAACCACGAGGAACUUUCUGUUUGGCUGUCCACUACCAUGAUCCAGGCGCUGCGCAACAUGAUCACGCUUUUCACGCACUACUUUGACGCUCUCGAGCAUAUGCUGGACCGGUUCUUGGAGCUCUUGGCCCUGUGCAUCUGCCAGGAGAAUGACACGAUCUCGCGCAUUGGCAGCAAUUGUUUACAGCAGCUGAUACUCAAGAACGUGACCAAGUUCACCGCCGAGCACUGGGCUAGGAUCGUUGGCGCCUUCUGUGAGCUCUUUGAGCGAACCACGGCGUAUCAACUCUUCACCGCCGCUAACCCGAACUCGGCGGCGUCGCUGUCACUCCAGUCAAACGGAUUCGACUUCUCCGGCGGCCUGAGUCCUCCGACCGAUACUCCCGCUGUCGACGAAAAGUCCCUGAAGAUCAACGGUGCGGAGGAGAGCAGCAUUCUGUCUGAUGCGGAGUCCAUGCACGGGCAGCCAUCGCCGCACCUCAAGGGCGAUGAUCUGCAGACGCCCACUGGUGGUCAACCACUGGAGGAGUUCAAGCCGUCGUCCAACUUGCAGCAGCAGCCCGUGGUGGUCACUGCAGCACGCCGACGAUUUUUCAAUCGCAUCAUCUCAAGGUGUGUGCUGCAGUUGCUCAUGAUUGAGACGGUCAAUGAGCUCUUCAGCAACGACACAGUGUAUACUCACAUCCCGUCCACGGAACUGCUUCGACUCAUGGCUCUGUUGAAGCGCUCUUUCCAGUUUGCCCGCCGCUUCAACGAGGACAAGGAGCUCCGCAUGCGGCUCUGGCGCGAAGGCUUCAUGAAGCAGCCUCCCAAUCUGCUCAAGCAGGAGAGCGGGUCAGCUGCUACGUACGUGUCUAUUCUUUUCAGGAUGUUUGCGGACAACGCGCCGGAGAGGCUGGAGAGCAGACCCGACAUCGAGGCGGCACUGGUGCCGCUGUGCAAGGACAUCAUCACUGGAUACUCACUGUUGGCCGAGGAGAGCCAGCAUAGGAACAUCAUGGCCUGGCGGCCCGUGGUGGUGGACGUACUGGAAGGCUAUGCCACGUUCCCUGAGGACGCAUUCAAGGCUCAUAUCCCUGACUUUUACCCCAUGGCAGUGGAACUGUUGAACAAGGACCUGAGUCAAGACCUCAGGGCUGCUCUUCUAGCAGUUCUGCGGCGGGUCGGCGAAGUCGCCUUGGGUAUCGAAGGUCUGACCAAGGCGGGAGACAGGAGACGGGAGAGUGCGGUAACCGAUGACCACGAGGAGCCCGGCAGCGAGCACGAGGCCGCAGCGCGGAAGAUGCUGUAA